AUUCGAGCAUAAACGGUGAUUGUUGAGGAGACUGAGCUCCUGGAUUGGCCGAUCGCCGCCGUGGCCAUGGACGACCCUCGCAAACAUCAGGUCUCGUUGCGGGGCGCGAGCGCCAAGGAAAUUACCAGAGACGCCCUGCUCGAGAAGGUCUCUCAGGAACGGGAGCUCCGCCAAUACGCCCGACGCGCCACCGCUGCUGCGCUCUUCCUUCAGAGAGUGUGGAGGCGGUAUAGGGUGACUAAGACGGUGGCGGUGGAGCUGAGAGAGGAGUGGGAGAAGUGCGUGAAGCAGCAGCAAGCUGGUUUAGUCAUCACAUCAAUUUGGAUUUCGAGUCAUGUAGUGAGGCCUUUUCUUUUCUUCAUUACAUGUUUAUCGAUUCGGAAGAGGAGAAUCGAAGCCGCAGAAGUUAGAUCUAUGAAGUAUUGUUUUCAGAUGCUACUAGACAGCUUGAAUUCAACUGACUCGAGGAAGAACUAUUGCACUCUGGCGAUUGGAACUAUUGAGGAGAGAAGAAUUUGGAGUUAUCAGGCGUGGAGGCUGAUUUCUGUUUGUAUGUUUGUUCUUUCGGAAUGUGACAAGUCUCGGUCAGGAAGUCAAGACAUUGUUGCUCUCACAUCCCUGGCAAUGCGGCUUGUUGUGGUCUUGACUGAUGUCAAGGGUUGGAAGAGUGUUGAUGAACAUGACUGUCAGAUUGCGGAUACGGCAGUGAAGGAUUUAGUUCGGUUUAUGGGGGGUGGUGAAAGUGGUCUUUACUCAUCAAUUAGAACAUACAUUAACACAUUGGAUGCUCCUUUCUCUUUGCGGACAAGAAUUAGUGUACCAACAGAUGACAGAUUUUUGAUUACUGCAAGCACAAUAACUUUGGCUCUUAGGCCAUUCCAUGUGUCAAAGUUCGAUGUAAAUAGCCUUGGUUUGUUGGAUGUCCAUAAUGUUGCUGAGAAGUACUCUGUGUUUCUGCUUACAAUUCCUUGGCUUACUCAGCGACUGCCAGCUGUACUUAUACCUGCAAUGAGGCACAAAUCCAUUCUCCAACCUUGUUUUCAAACAUUGCUGAUUUUGAAAGAGAAAAUAUUAAAGGAGAUGCUGGCUGUGGAUCAGUCAAAGUUUCAUGAUUCUUCGAAGGUUAUUCCACCAGUUGGUUGGGCUCUUGCAAACAUCAUAUGCCUAGCUACAGGGGGAGAGUAUGAUUCUGUUGAUCCUGGAGGUUUCCAUCAAGAGUUGGAUUGCGCAUCUUAUAUACAUGCUGUUAAUACUCUUGCAGAAAACUUAUUGUCUAGGCUUGAGAGUGUUGUCCAGGAGAGUCAGGAUCUCCAAAGCAAUGUUGAAACCAGUGAAAAGCCUAGCUCUACGGUUUCAUAUGAGAGUGAAAUGACCCAUGGAUCUAUUAAGUUGUCGUUCUUGGAUAUGCUUAGGCCUGUUUCUCACCAGUGGCACCUUACAGAUCUUUUGACAAUAGUGAACACUCAAGGGUCUGAGACUAUGACACCAGAAAGACAGGAAUAUUCAGGGAAGUUGGAGUUGCUGGAUAUUGUGCAUUUUUAUUCUUUCAUGCUAAGAAUGUUUUCAUAUUUGAAUCCAAGGGUUGGCUCGCUGCCUGUCCUUAACAUGCUAUCGUUUACUCCUGGAUUUCUUGUGAGUCUAUGGGGAGCAUUGGAAACUUAUCUCUUUCCUAGGAUUGUUUGCAGUGAUCGUAAACCCUAUGAUAACAUUAGUAAAACUUCUGGUAGUGGAAAGGAUGGGAAUUCUGGAAAAAGGAAAACGCAUGGCAAUAAUGAUGGAGGUAAAAAGUGGGUCAGUGUCCUUCAUAAAAUUACUGGUAAAUCACAAUCGGGGAUUGGUCACACAGACUUGUGUGCUAAUGAACCCAAGACUAGACUUAUUGACAAAGAGGAUUCUUCUGAUGUUUGGGAUGUAGAACCUGUGAGACCUGGUCCACAAGGUAUUUCAAGAGACAUGUCAUGUAUGCUUCAUCUAUUCUGUGCAAGCUAUUCACACCUGCUUUUGAUUCUCGAUGACAUAGAAUUUUAUGAAAAACAGGUACCAUUUACACUGGAGCAACAACGGCAAAUUGCAUCUGUUCUCAAUACAUUGGUUUAUAAUGGGUUUUCUCAAAGUAUUGGACAGGAGGGUAGACCCCUUAUGGAGUCUGCUGUCAGAUGCUUGCAUUUAAUAUAUGAAAGGGAUUGCAGGCACCAGUUCUGCCCUCCUGUUUUGUGGCUUUCACCUGCUCGAAAGAACCGCCCACCAAUUGCUGUAGCUGCCAGAACUCAUGAAGUGUUGUCAGCUAAUCAAAGAUCAGAUGAUCCUCUGGCUGUGCAAAGUAUGGGAUCUGUUAUAACUACAACUCCACAUGUAUUUCCAUUUGAAGAAAGAGUGGAAAUGUUUAGAGAGUUUAUCAAGAUGGACAAAGCCUCCCGAAUAAUGGCUGGUGAGGUUGCUGGCCCUAGUUCACGAUCAGUUGACAUUGUAGUUCGUCGUGGUCAUAUUUUUGAAGAUGGAUUUCGGCAGUUAAAUUCCCUGGGAUCAAGAUUGAAGUCAUCCAUCCAUGUUUCAUUUGUCAGUGAAUGUGGUCUUCCAGAGGCUGGCCUCGACUAUGGUGGAUUAUCUAAAGAGUUUUUGACCGAUAUAUCAAAAGCUGCAUUCGCUCCCGAGUAUGGACUAUUCUCCCAGACAUCAACCUCGGCCAGACUUCUAAUUCCUAAUCCAUCUGCAAGAUAUCUAGAGAAUGGUAUCCAGAUGAUUGAGUUCCUUGGAAGAGUUGUUGGGAAAGCUCUCUAUGAAGGAAUACUUCUAGAUUACUCAUUUUCUCAUGUUUUUGUACACAAAUUGUUGGGUCGAUAUAGCUUCCUUGAUGAGCUUUCAACACUAGACCCAGAGAUCUACAGGAAUCUCAUGUAUGUUAAGCAUUAUGAUGGUGAUGUUGAGGAACUCUGUCUGGACUUUACAGUUACUGAAGAGUCAUUUGGAAAACGACAUGUUAUUGAGCUAAAGCCUGGUGGAAAGGAUGUUACUGUGACAAGCAAGAACAAAAUGCAGUAUAUCCAUGCAAUUGCUGAUUAUAAGCUUAACCGACAGAUGUUUCUUUUUUCAAAUGCAUUCUAUAGAGGGUUGAUUGAUCUCAUAUCACCAUCUUGGCUGAAAUUAUUUAAUGCAGGGGAAUUUAAUCAGUUGCUUUCAGGUGGAAACCAUGACAUUGAUGUUGAUGACUUGAGAAAGAACACAAGAUAUACUGGUGGUUACUCUGAAGGGAACCGGACGAUUAAAAUCUUUUGGGAGGUGAUUAGUGGAUUUGAACCUACAGAACGGUGUAUGCUUCUGAAAUUCGUGACCAGUUGUUCUCGAGCUCCAUUACUUGGAUUUAAGCACUUGCAACCAACUUUUACAAUCCAUAAGGUUGCAUGCGAUAUCCCUCUGUGGGCAACAAUGAGAGGACAGGAUGUGGAGCGGCUUCCAUCAGCCUCAACUUGCUACAAUACUCUGAAGCUUCCAACAUACAAGCGUCCAAGCACGUUGAGAGAAAAACUACUAUAUGCAAUCAGUUCAAAUGCAGGUUUUGAACUUUCUUGACGAUAUGCCUUCAGGUGUCCUCUCUUUCUUUGCCUUCAUACAUUGGGAUUGGAGGUCCUCAGACCUCUUAGACGUUAUGAUGUCUUGUAAAUGUAUAUCAGUAGUGGAUAUUAUUAUAGAUAAGAGGAUAUAUGUCAAUUGUAUUUGUUGUCUAGCA